AUGUCCGACGCCGAUAUUGAAGCUGUCCGGCGGCUCCAGGCGGAGCGCAAUGCUGCUGCCGCUGGCAAGAAAGGUUCUAGGACCUUUGAUCCGUCCGGUCAACGCACUGACAAUUCGACCAAGGCCUCCCUUACCGAAUCCUUCGAUACGACUCUGUACGAACGGGAAGGGGCGGACAGGUUUACCGGCUACGACACCUCUAUCGCUGUAAACGGUGACGAUGAAGAGAUGGAAGAUGCGAACGGCGGCCACAGCUUGGUUGGUCAGUAUACCGCAACCCGCAGUCAGAUCGAUGAGAUGGCACAGGGAAAUGGUGUUGAAGAGGAGGAUAUUCUUCUGGGCCGCGAGAAGGCCGCGCGCAUCGCCGACCGCGAGACCGACUAUCAAAAGCGCCGAUUCGACCGCGGUGGUCUGACUCCGACGCGCGCCGACCCUUUUGCUGCCAACGCGAACGCACAUGCGGAUGAAAAUGGCCAGACCUACCGAGAGGUCAUGGCUUUGCGAGAAAUCGAGAAGGAAGAAGAGCGUGUCCAGAAGCUGAUUGCCGAGAAGCGUGAGCGUGGCGAGGAUGUCUCCGAGCGUCAGGCUACUCUGAAGAUGAUGGAAAGCGACAAGGAGAGUGCAGAGGCUGGAUCAACUGCUGAUGCUGAUGCUGAUGCAUCCGCUAGCAGAAAACGCAAGAAGCGCUGGGACGUUGCUUCUGAAGCUGCUGCUGGGCCAGAAGGCGAGCAGGCUGAGGCGAAAACCAAGAGGUCCCGAUGGGACGAGACACCCGCACCAGGAGCCGCUGAAGAUGGAUCCAAGCGCCGCUCGAGAUGGGAUCAAGCACCAUCGCUCACAGCAGCAACCCCCGUUGGCAACGACGGCCUUUCCACUCCUAUGCACCCGUCCCAGGGAGGAGCGGCUAUGAUUCCCACAAGCUUCGGAACUGACUUGAGCGGUCGGAAUGCCCCGUGGUCUGAUGAGGAACUUGACAUGAUGCUGCCUACCGAGGGCUACAAGAUCUUGGAUCCCCCUCCGGGUUACGCACCAAUCCGGAACCCGGCGCGGAAGAUGAUGGCGACGCCGGCGCCUAUGAGUGGUGCCGGUGGAGUUGGAGGUUUCAUGAUGCAAGAGCCUGAGAGCGUCCGCUCCAUGGGCAAGGAGCUUCCUACCGAUAUCCCAGGUGUUGGCGAUCUGCAGUUCUUCAAGCCAGAGGAUAUGGCCUACUUCGGGAAGCUGAUGGAGGCUGGUGACGAGAGCUCCAUGACUGUCGAGGAAAUGAAAGAGCGAAAGAUCAUGCGAUUGCUGCUCAAGGUCAAGAAUGGCACACCACCCAUGCGAAAGACGGCAUUGAGACAGCUUACCGACAAUGCCCGAAACUUCGGAGCCGGUCCUCUUUUCAACCAGAUUCUUCCUUUGCUCAUGGAGAAGUCCUUGGAGGAUCAGGAACGUCACUUGCUGGUAAAGGUCAUUGAUCGAGUGCUCUACAAGCUGGACGACUUGGUCCGGCCUUAUGUCCAUAAGAUUUUGGUCGUCAUUGAGCCACUGCUCAUUGAUCAAGACUACUAUGCCCGUGUGGAAGGUCGAGAAAUUAUCUCCAACCUUUCCAAGGCUGCUGGUCUCGCCACCAUGAUCAGCACAAUGCGACCUGAUAUCGACCAUGUCGACGAGUAUGUCCGAAACACCACCGCCCGAGCCUUCGCCGUUGUGGCCUCUGCCCUCGGUAUCCCGGCUCUCCUCCCCUUCCUUCGUGCGGUGUGUCGCAGUAAGAAGUCCUGGCAGGCUCGUCACACCGGUGUCAAGAUCGUUCAACAAAUCCCUAUCUUAAUGGGCUGCGCCAUUCUCCCGCAUCUUAAGGGCCUUGUUGACUGCAUUUCGGACAACCUGAGCGAUGAACAGGCUAAGGUCAGAACUGUUACCGCCCUGGCCGUGGCUGCUUUGGCCGAAGCCGCCAACCCCUACGGUAUUGAGAGCUUUGACGAGAUUCUGAACCCUCUAUGGACUGGGGCCCGCAAACAGCGCGGUAAGGGUCUUGCUGCAUUCUUGAAGGCUGUUGGCUACAUUAUUCCCCUCAUGGACGAGGAAUAUGCCAACUACUAUACUAGUCAGAUCAUGGAGAUUCUUCUCCGAGAAUUCUCGUCUCCCGACGAGGAGAUGAAGAAGGUUGUUCUGAAAGUGGUGUCACAGUGCUCAAGCACAGAUGGUGUGACCGCUGGCUACCUCAAGGAACACGUCUUGACCGACUUCUUCAAAAGCUUCUGGGUCAGGCGCAUGGCACUCGAUCGGCGAAACUACCGCCAGGUGGUGGACACUACUGUCGACCUGGGCCAGAAAGUUGGAGUUGGUGAGAUCUUGGAGCGGGUCGUCAACAACCUGAAGGACGAAAGCGAGCCCUACCGCAAAAUGACCGUCGAAACAGUUGAGAAGCUGAUUGCCUCGCUGGGAGCGGCGGAUAUCUCUGAGCGGUUGGAGGAGAGACUCAUCGAUGGUGUCCUUUACGCAUUCCAGGAGCAAAGCAUCGAGGAUAUUGUCAUCCUAAACGGCUUCGGUACUGCGGUUAAUGCUCUGGGCACACGCUGCAAGCCAUACCUUCCACAGAUCGUCAGUACUAUCCUGUGGCGGUUGAACAACAAGUCUGCUACGGUUCGACAACAGGCAGCAGACCUCAUUUCGCGCAUUGCGAUGGUCAUGAAGCAGUGUGGUGAGGACGCCCUCAUGGGCAAGCUCGGUAUUGUGCUUUACGAAUACCUGGGUGAAGAGUACCCUGAGGUGCUGGGUUCAAUCUUGGGUGCUCUGCGCUCCAUCGUCACCGUGGUCGGUAUCAACCAGAUGCAACCACCCAUUCGCGACCUUCUGCCCCGACUCACUCCCAUCCUGCGAAACCGUCACGAGAAGGUGCAGGAGAAUACCAUUGACCUAGUCGGUCGUAUCGCCGACCGUGGCCCCGAGUCCGUCAACGCCCGUGAAUGGAUGCGUAUUUGCUUCGAGCUGCUGGAUAUGUUGAAAGCCCACAAGAAGGGCAUUCGUCGAGCAGCCAACAACACCUUCGGCUUCAUCGCCAAGGCCAUCGGUCCCCAAGAUGUGCUUGCUACCCUCCUCAACAACCUCCGUGUCCAGGAGCGUCAGUCCCGUGUCUGUACAGCCGUCGCGAUCGGUAUCGUCGCCGAGACUUGCGCUCCCUUCACCGUCCUCCCGGCCUUGAUGAAUGAGUACCGCGUGCCCGAGCUCAACGUGCAAAACGGUGUUCUCAAAGCCAUGUCCUUCUUGUUCGAGUACAUCGGCGAGAUGGCCAAGGACUACGUCUACGCCGUCACCCCCCUGCUCGAGGAUGCGCUCAUCGACCGAGACCAAGUCCACCGACAAACCGCCGCCAGCGUAGUCAAGCACAUUGCGCUCGGUGUCGUCGGUCUCGGCUGCGAGGAUGCCAUGCUCCAUCUCCUCAACCUGAUCUUCCCCAACAUCUUCGAAACUAGCCCUCACGUCAUCGACCGAAUUAUUGAAGCCAUCGACGCAAUCCGCAUGUCUGUCGGUACCGGUGUGGUCAUGAACUACGUAUGGGCAGGCUUGUUCCACCCAGCUCGUAAGGUGCGCACGCCUUAUUGGCGCCUGUACAAUGAUGCCUACGUGCAGGGAGCCGACGCGAUGGUCCCCUACUACCCGGGCUUGGAGGAUGAUGGCAUGGACCGGCCGGAGUUGUUUAUUAUCGUCUAA